UACCCGCGGCACCAUUUGCGGCCUCAGGUGUCAAUCAACGGGUGAUUCCUCGCCCGGCACCCAGUGAUCUCUGAGUAUCUCAACAGGGGAGAGACCUGUGUAUUAACAACACAGAUCUCUCCCCUAUCAGCUCCUGCACACUGCUUUGUAUGGCUCUGCAUAGCAGAGCCAGUGGAAAGCACUCACACAGCACAUUGUGAAACAGAGCACAGUUAACCCUUUGAUCGCCCCACAUGUUAACCCCUUCCUGCCCAGUGCCAUUAGUACAGUGUCAGUGCUUUUUAAUAGCACUGAUCACUGUAUUGGUGUCACUGGGGAUGUCAGUGACACCAAGUCAGUUCCUCCCAGUAUCAGAAUGCCCACUGGAGUCCCGCUAUAAGUUGCUG